UGAGUGUGUGAGUGUUUGUGGGAUUUAAAUGAGUGAGUGUGUGUGAUGAGGGCCUUCUUCCUCUUCUGGUCCCCACUCUGAAAGAGAACUUAGAGCUGUGAUGAUGUCUGGUGAAAUCAUCUACUCUGAUGUUACAUUCACUCGGCAUCAGAACCAAGAUACUGGAGCAGAAAGUGAACUUUCUAAUGGAGUAGCCGAACGUGAAGAGGAUGUCACAUACUCUGAGGUUAAAAGACCGGGAGGUAGAGCUAGUGAGCAGAAGGAUCCUGGGAAAGGAAGGGACCCUGGCAAUAGUGACCCCACUCCCCCAGUGGGGUCAAAGGCUACAAUCCCUGAUGGAGGGUCUGGGAGAGUUCCCGUGGUGACCCUGAUGUGUCUCUGUGUUCUACUGCUGUGCCUGGCGAUCACUCUGGGAGUCCUCUAUGCUUCCAACAUGACUAGUCUUCAAGCUGAAGGGGCUCGCUUUGCCCAGAUGAAAGAGAAUCUAACAGGGAAACUACAUGAACUGCAAGACAGCUAUAAGAGACUACAGAAUGAGACCCACAUCAUAACAGUCCAGAGAGACCUGUUUUCCUCAGAGCUACAAGACUGUAAUGCCAACCUUACUAGGGUCAAAGAUCUCCUGGCAACCAUCCAAGGGAAUCAGAUGAGAUGUAAUACCAGUCAGCUGUGUUCUCCUGGCUGGGAGUUCUACAAUGGAUCAUGUUACUACUUCUCUAUAGGCAAACUGACCUGGGAACAGAGUCAGUACGCCUGCAUCCACGAUGGAGGACACCUGGUCAUCAUAGAGAGUCAGCAGGAGCAGGAGUUUAUAAAACAGAGAGUGGUAGCACUGGGAAUGGAUCCUUAUGAUCACAGCCCCUGGAUUGGACUGACAGAUGAGAAGCAUGAGAAAUUGUGGGUCUGGAUGGACAAUACAACUCUUAACGAGAACAUCAAGUACUGGGACUAUGGCGAACCAAAUAACUAUGGGCCUAAAGGUGAAAGUGAAAACUGUGUCCGAAUUGGUCAAAAAUGUCACAACCAAAUAAAUUGUUGGUUUGACUUUCCAUGUGCCGAACCAUCUAAGAGAAUCUGUGAGAGUCGUGCAGUCUGUGAAAGUCAGGCAGCCACUCCAUAGUGAAGCCAAAUGUAGUGUAUUGAAUGAGUAACCAGCACAAGGCACCGUAUUGUUGGGAAGUAUUCAGGGCCCGUUUUCUAGAAACAGACCAAACCUACACUCUUAGAAAAAAAGGUUCCAAAAGGGUUUUUCGGGUGUCCCCAUAGGAGAACCAUUUUUGACUCCAAGUAGAAGCCUUUUUGACUCCAUGUAGAACACUAUUGGGUUCUGUGUAGAGGAAGAUCUCUCUGUUGAAAGGGUUCUACCUGGAACCAAAAGCACUACUUCAAAUGUUUCUCCUAUGGGGACAGACAAUAUAUAGCCACUUUUUUUCUAAGAAUGUAUUGCUGGACUAAGUAUUACCUUCAUUUGAGCUUGUGUCCACACAACAAAUACUUCUGCUUUGAGCUAUAAUUGAAUGUCAUACCUGUGUAGUUCCUCCACACAGCCAGCUGGAUCUGACAGAUCCUACUGAUAUGGAUUUAACUUCUUUAUUUAUAUUGGUAAAUAUGCUUUCCAUUGUAACAUUUGAUAUUUUAGUCAAUUAACAGACGGUCUUGAUAUACAGAUCAAUGCAGUAGUAUUAGAAAGCCUGCAUGGUUUAGCCUGCAUGGGUUAGCCUAUAUGGUUUAGCCUGUAUGGUUUAGCCUGCAUGGGUUAGCCUGCAUGGUUUAGCCUGCAUGGGUUAGCCUGUAUGGUUUAGCCUGCAUGGGUUAGCCUGUAUGGUUUAGCCUGCAUGGGUUAGCCUGUAUGGUUUAGCCUGCAUGGGUUAGCCUGUAUGGUUUAGCCUGCAUGGGUUAGCCUGUAUGGUUUAGCCUGCAUGGGUUAGCCUGCAUGGUUUAGCCUGCAUGGGUUAGCCUGUAUGGUUUAGCCUGCAUGGGUUAGCCUGUAUGGUUUAGCCUGCAUGGUUUAGCCUGCAUGGGUUAGCCUGCAUGGGUUAGCCUGCAUGGUUUAGCCUGCAUGGUUUAGCCUGUAAGGUUUUGACUGUCCACUC